GAUAUUCAAGUUAUACUCAGUUAUAAUUUAAAAACAUAAUUAAUUAUUGCUUAAAAUUGUAUUAAAAGAGCAUUACGUUGAUUUUGCAUUUUAAAUGGAAGUGUUUUCAUUGACCUUGAAUAUCCGGUCGUCAAAACUUUUCGAGGAAUUCAGAAAUAGGUACAAACUUCGACUCGUACGCAUUUGCAAUCGCGUAUUUUUAUAUGAUGAAUUGAAGUGAAAUUUGAUAAAUAUUUAUGCAUUUUGAAAUGGAUUAUUUGUGAUUUUGCAGCAAAAUGCAGCCAUCUAAAAGCAUGAUGGAUUAUAUGAUGGAAUUAAAUAGAUUGUUUCCAAAGACUGCUGAAAAUGAAAUGCAUACACCAACAACUACAUUCCAAUCGCAUUUCGGACAGCCCACACCAAACUACUCUUCAAGCUCAACUGACUCUUUCUCGCCUGAGUCUUUUCCGGAGCUCUCGUUCCGUCCUCCGGAGUACAGAUCAGAAACACCCUUCGCGAUCGCCAGAAGACCAAUAGUCGGCCGGAAGAUCUUAGGGAACCCGGAGCAGAAGCCUAUAGAAAGAUCGAGCUAUGAAGAGAGAUUUAGUCUUGAGCGAUCUCCGAUCAGGCAUUGGAGGGAGCAAAGUGAGCAAACUCCACCGAGAACUAUUGCUAUUGAGCAAAGGAACUGUACGAAGAGUUUCUACGAAUUGUUCCCUGGAGACAACAGAGGAUUUGAGUUCAAGACGCCAGUGAAAACCUCACCGGUGUAUUCAAAUGUAUCACCAGCAUCACCGAUGUCUCAAAAUUCUCCAUCAAACUUCAACAUGUUUACAUACCCGAGGUUGAAUUUGACGACAUCUCCAACACCAACUAACAUGAAUUUAGGGGCGAGCACAUCACGAUUCCCAGAGGUGGCACAGAAAAUGUGUUCCUUCUGCCGGAAGAAUGGAGAGACACCGCUGGUGUACAUGACACACUGUGUGAAAGAGAAAAGAGGCAAUAGGAACAUCGUCACGUGUCCGAUAUUGAGGUCUCAUGUGUGCUCCACGUGUGGAGUAUCUGGGGACAACGCUCAUACUAUCACGUACUGCCCAGUGCUCCGCAGCACCAACAACGGCGUGCCUCUGAAGUCCACCACCAUCACCCUGAAGAACACCCGCGUCAAGAGCAACGGUAGGAGGCGCUACUAACACUGCAUAAUAUAAA